AUGAUGGAGAUUACCACAAAGUUGCUAGAAGCGUUGAAGUAUCCAAAAAGGGGAAGGGAGGUAUUCAAACAAAAUGCGGAAAAACAUAAUUGUAUCAUAAGCGGACCAAAGAGACAAUUGGCUCUUGUUGAUGAGGAUGAGGAUGAUGAGAUAUCUCAAGCUGAUAUGGAGCAAUUUGUUUUGAAAGAUGAUGUCAAUGAAGGAGGUAUUGUGCAAUGUGAAGAAGAUGAUGUUGAUCAAAAUGAUGACUAUGAAGACAUGGAGCAUUUGAAAUAUGCAAAUAUUGAAAAUGAGAUUGAAGUUGAUGAUAGCGAGGACGAUUUGGGAAAUGAGGAUGAUGUACUUUUUGAAGAACAAUUAGAAGAGCCCCAAUUAGAAAAGGAAACAGGUUCAACUUCACUACUUGAUCAUGCUUUUGGUUUAUCAUAA